CGUUCCUUUUUCUCCCCGAGGAUCGGUCGUGAAGGUGACUCACUUCUAAAGUGGAAGUUUUGAUUACUACACCUUCCUCUUUCUGGUGGCUGUGUGGUGGUGAGUUGUGCUAGCGGUUUAAUCGAGUUCCUCGAGAUUGCAAACCCGCCACGUACUAUAUAACCGAUGCUCGGUCAAUCGAUUCUCUCAAUCGUAAUCUCUCUCUUCGUGUCGCCAACAACGCCUUUUCUGUUCUCACUUUCGAAAUAUCGGGCGGAGAGACGUUGAUCCUUGCGCCAUGUGGGCUACACUCGCGAUUGGUUGUCUGAUAACAAGCUUCGGUUUCAACGCUGCGGAAAGAUCGUUGAACUCGAACUCAUUCUUGAAACAAUCGGAUCCUAUUCUAUCGAGAUUAAGAAUGGAAGACGUGCCAGCCAGGCUUUCACGAAUAUUCGAGAAAAACGGUCGUAUUAGGAGAUUGCGCGUGGAGAAUCAGCAUGGAUUCGAUGGGAAAGUGGAAAAGAUUAACAUCAAUUCCGAGGAGGAUCUUCCUGGAAUUCGGGCAUACGGUGUGGAGAAGGAAAAAUUGUUAAAUAACGGCCACAUCGAGAAAUCGGUACAGCGAGAGAUUAUGAGAAACGUUGAGGAUGAUUCUAGGGUUGCUCGUUCGAUUGAAGCAUACGGGAAAACGAAGGAGCGUGUGGAGACGAACGGCUCUAUAGAGCGAGGGCAUCGGUCGGAAAUCCAUCAGUCUCGAAGAAAUCCAAGAUCGAUCGAGGAAGAGAUGAAACAGGACGGCGUUAAGAAGGAGGUGGAAGAUCUGGAAGGUCAAGACUCGAAAGUGUUCAGACCGUUGUUCGUGUACAGGCAACAGGUGGCCAGGAGGAAUCAUUGGGUGAAAAAUUAUGCUUUCCCGGUCGGCGUGAAAGUCUCUUGUGAAAAUCGAGCGCUAAUUUUCUGAGCUGAGAUCUCUUUCGACUCUUAUCCCCUUCGUUUCGAUCGGUUGGAAAUCGGUUGCACGUGUCGCGAUAAAGGUUUAAUAAAGCGUAGAAACGUAGGAAUCAUUGGCUGAGAAAAAUGGAUGUUUGCACGCACAACAAAGUCCUUGAAGUCGACUAAUUAUCAUAAUAAUUAACCGAUUGAGUCAGCGUCAACUUUGUGCCAUAAAA